UUAGUGAUGAGCUUCGUGUGCACUAUGUUGUUGAACACUGAACUGUAGUCAAUAAACAGCAUUCUCACAUAGCUGUUUUUUUAGUCCAGGUGGGAAAGGGCAGUGUGGAGUGCGAUUGAGAUUGCGUCAUCUGUGGAUCUGUUAGGGCGGUAGCGAAUCGGAGUGGUUAUUGGGUAUCUGGGAGGAUGCUGUUGAUGUGAGCCAUCACCAGCCUUUCAAAGCACUUCAAGGUUACCAAUGUGAGUGCUACGGGGCGGUAAUCAUUGAGGCAGGUUACCGUCACUUCCUUGGGCACAGGGACUAUGGUGAUCUGCUUGAAACAUGUAGGUAUUACAGACUUGGUCAGGGAGAGGUUGAAAAUGUCAGUGAAGACACUUGACAGUUUAGCAAUGCAUCCCUCCCUUUUACUGUGAUGUCUAAUGAGGGUCUUGAACCUCCCUAUUUGUAACAUUUAUACCAAUAUUGGCCUUAAAAUGUAUACUUUACCUAAUAGUAUAAUGCUGAUUGACGGAUUGUGGGGUUUCAGAUCCCUUAACAGUACAGUUUGCAGUUCAAUCUGAAACCUGAUAUUAUGACAUGAAAACCAUUCCUGGGCCUGGCUCCAAAAACGAGCCACCGAUGGACAGUACCAGAAAAGAUGCUCUAUUGAUUCUGUUUCCUCAUGGCAAAGUCUGCACAGGACUGACUGUUCAAUGUCUCUUAUAUCUCGAGCAUUCUUUUUGUAGCAAGUAUUUUCUACAACAGCUUCAAUUGAAACAAAUGGAUUGAUGUGUCAAUUGUUGUUUUAUCUACUGUACCAGUUCAUAGACCCGAUGCCAAGGUAUUAGGACAUCAAGGACCUGUUCUCAACUCACUGGAAUUGUAUGCGGGCAUUGCUGUCAAACUUUUUGAGUUGAAGUGAAACUGCUAUAUUUAUACUAAUCAUUCUCCCAGACCCUUACCAAGGAGUUGUCAUGCCUACCUUCAGUCUCACACAAUACAAGCAGCAGACCGUCUCAGCUGAAACCUGAUCAAGCCUACACAGGUGUGUAGAGUAGACCCAUUGGUGGCCUGGGAAACUCAAGACCUCUAGUUUAUGAAUGUUUCAUUUCACCGCACCUCAUGUCUGACAAACAGUUGCUAGCAGUCCACUGCAAGUCCAUCGUCACCAUACACCUCACCAGGUAGGAAGAGGACUUCGACUGAGGACUUUGAUACCAUAAAGGAAUUAUAAGGAUAACUGCUGCAUAAAAUUAGGGAAGCUAGCAGGUAAUGGUGGUAGGAUGUCUGAACCAAGGCAGCGCUCCCUGUCCACCUCUGGAGAGUCUCUGUAUCAAGUGCUUGGGCUAGAAAAAGGCUGUACCCAUGAUGACAUCAAGAAGUCCUACAGGAAAUUAGCUCUGAGGUACCACCCGGACAAGAACCCUGACAACCCAGAGACAGCAGAGAAAUUCAAGGAGCUCAACAGCGCUAAUUCCAUUCUGUCAGACGUCACCAAGAGAAACAUUUAUGACAGCUACGGCUCCCUUGGCCUUUAUGUGGCCCAGCAGUUUGGAGAGGAGAAUGUCAACACCUACUUCAUGCUGUCUACCUGGUGGGCUAAGGGUCUCUUUGCCUUGUGUGGCGUGAUAACGGGGUGCUACUGCUGCUGCUGCCUGUGCUGCUGCUGUAACUGCUGCUGUGGAAAGUUGAAGCCCAUGCACCCCGGAGAGGGAACAGACAGCUAUGUCUCCCCUGAAGACCUGGAGGAGGAGAUCCGCCACGACAAGGAGACUGAUGUGGACACUCCGGUUGUGCACCAGCCAACUAAUGCCAGUGAAAAGACACAGUUGAUUGGGGACGGCCACCGAAGUUACACCUGAACCUGGACAUCUACAAACCUUAGAGAGGCACUAGACGACAUAAACACUACACAGUCCAUUGCUAUGUCAAUGGCUGUUCCCACACUCUAACGUCAUUACAUUCUCUGUAAAUAAGUGUUUUUGGUUGUUUUUUUUGUUUUUUUUUUAUCUUGAUUUCUGUUUUCAUUGGAGGUAGUUGAUGUCGUUGUUCUCCUGCAAACUAAAUCCAUCAUCUCCUUUCACUUACCUAAACACUUUGAAGUGCAUUGACUUCACUUGUCACAUAGUACAAAUAGCUCAGUGUGUAAAUAUUACAGUAUGGGUAUGUAUAAAAAUAGAACAAAAGUAUUUGGUUGAAAAUAAAUGUAUGAUUUUAUCUGUCUAUACAGUCAA